ACUCUAUACCCUCUCCCUCUCUCUCUUUCUCAUAUAUUUAAACUCAUCCUCUAUGGUCUAUACUCAAAAUGGAGUGCAGGAAGCUCGAGUUGACCAUUAAUUCUGCACAUGAUUUACGAGAAGUGAGAAGAAUUUUCAAGAUGAAAGUUUACGCGAAGGUAGUUAUCGGGGGUAACAAGACAUUGGAGAAGCGAACUCCAGUAGACAAGCAUGGCCAGACCAACCCGGCAUGGCAUAAUACCAUGAACUACACUAUAACUGAGUCAUGGUUACAACACCAUGGCACCAUGCUCGUAAUUAAGCUCUAUUGUAAGCGAAAGCUUGGGGAUAGAUACAUAGGAGAAGUUUACCAGUCGUUGAAACAACUCUAUGAUCAUGCAUAUCCACUGGGUGGCAGUGCGGUGAUGUGUUUCCCGGUGCAGAUGGGCUCCGCAGAGUCACAAGGUCAAAUUUGUUUCUCGUAUAAGUUCGGUGAGAAGGUGACCAUUGAGAAGCUAAUGCUUGCAGAAAGCAUCGCUUCUUUUUUACUAACUGGACCUUCUGCUGCAACCUGAUGGAUGGAUCCCAACCCUAGUACAUAUCUACAACGAGUGAAUGUGUUGAAAGGUUUUUUUUUGGGAACAUAAGUAGUUAAAGUAGACAUUUUGGAAUACUAUCUUUUUUUUUGGAUCAUGUAAAAAUAUUGAUAACGUACUAAUUAUAGAUUGUUAAGCUUUUGUUGCAUAACUAUUAUGUUGAUAUUGUUGGAAA